CUGUUUCUUAAUUUAACUGUCAUAUUCUAUUUCCUUCAGCUCCGCUCCCUUGCAGUUACCGCAGAAUUAGCUAUUGAGGAUGUAACGGGGUGUGCGCAGGUAGACUUUGCGGACGAAUACAUUGGAGGUCUUAUCCUCUCCACUCCCAUCGACCAGGUGGAAGAAGUUCGAUUUAUGAUUUGCCCGGAAAUGAUUGUGUCUUGUCUUUUGUUUGAGAAAAUGGGACCACUUGAAGCAAUACACAUCGUUGGAGCGCAGCGCUAUAGUAGUUACGUUGGAUAUCGUAAACGUGUAAUAUGUGAUCUGAUUGCCAUAGAUGCUCUUCCUUAUAGCGAUCGCACAACUCAAUAUAAAAAGGAGAAUAUUGACAGAGAGUUAAAUAAGGCUUUUGCUGGUUUUAUGUCGAAAAGCGACGAUCCCCGACCCAUAGCUACUGGAAAUUGGGGCUGUGGCGUUUUCAACGGUGACAAAGAAUUGAAGAGUCUUAUCCAACUCCUGGCAGCUGCCAAAGCAAAGAGAGAUGUGAUUUAUUGCACCUUUUAUGAUAAGCAAUUUGAAUCUUCUCUGAUUAACCAGUACGAACUAUUGAUUUGCAAUAAGACAACAGUGGGUAGGUAUUGAUU